AUGGCUGUAUCUAUUAUCGCGACCAAGACGGCUAGUCGAGUCCUUGUGCGCCGGUCACAUCUACCAAAUCCAAUCAGACAGUCCAAAAGAUACAACCAAACAAAAGCUCCAAGUACCGGACCACCAAAACCGGACCCCGCCAAUGCAACAUCCAUUCCCGUCCCAAACACCAUCGCGCCUCUGCCACCACUAUCUCGGCCAUUAUGGCAGCGACUAGGUCCAUUGUCAAGAGGCUUUGAAGCAUACGGCAGGAGUCAGAGGAAACGUCCUCUAACGACGCAGUUCUGGAGCGCGUUGGUUGUGUUUUUCCUAGGCGACUUGUCCGCGCAGAGUAUCACCGACGAGGAAUAUAAGCCCGCCAGAUCGCUGCGAGCGAUACUUAUUGGUGCGGGGUCUGCUAUACCAAGUUAUAAAUGGUUCCUAUUCCUCGGAAACAGCUUCAACUAUCCCUCCUCGAAAGCCCUCUCCCUAGCCACCAAAGUCAUCGUCAACCAAGCCCUCUUCACCCCCAUCAACAACUCCUACUUCUUCGGCGCCCAAGCCCUCCUAAGCGGCGACUCGCUGCCUGAAGUCUGGGAACGCAUCAAGAGAACCGUACCACCGUCUAUGCUCAACAGCCUGAAAGUGUGGCCCGCGGUCACGGCGUUUAAUUUUACGUUUAUAGAGGCGCAGUAUAGGAGUGUGUUUGCGGGGUUCAUUGCGAUUGGGUGGCAGACUUAUCUUAGUUAUUUGAAUCGGACCGCUGAAAUGGAGGAGGCGGCGGCGAGGGUGAGGGUGGCGGGCGUGGAUGCUGGGGAGGAGGAUGUUGUGGCUGGGGGUGCGGUGGUAGGAAAGGUGGGAGUUGGGGCGUAG